AGGGUUUGUAAAAUUUCAUCUUCCUUAAUUCCUUGUUUGAGCCUAUUUGAUGACUCGCUUUCAAAUACUUACAUUUCUCUCUCGAUGCUCGUGAUGGAUGACUAUGGUGGUUCUGAUUUGAGCAUUGAGGAUCUGAUGGAUGAGUAUUCUUCUCGACCCACCCAAAUAGCUGAAUGGUUAUGGUGUAUUGAAUAUGUAGCCAAAUUUGUGAAGGAUAUAAGCUGCUUACUCGAUUUGAUGAACAUUGGUUAUCAAUACUCUAAUGACUAUGGGAGGAGGAUUAAUGAAGUCCUGUCUCUUAGAGUCUUGGAGUUCAUGUUUGAUCCAAGCAAGUAUGAUGCUAACGGUGUUGGUGUUGCUUCUACUUCAGAGGCAAAAGUUGAGUUUGAUUUAUCAUUGAGUAACACUGAUGUUCUCAGAGCAAUUCUGAAAGAGAUUCCAGUAUCAGAACUACGAGCGGGCAUGCCAGAGCUAUCAAAGUUUGAUGUUUUUCCAUUUAUUGCUCACAAGAACUUGUCUUUGCCACAAUGUGCACUAGAGAAGCUGAGAGAUGUGAGUUUAAUGGAGAAUCAGACUAGUGCUGCUCCUUCCGUGGAAACAAAUGACCCUGUUUUUGGAGAUGAUAGAUCAGUGCACAUGGAUACAUGCGAGGAGGAGCCGGUAGAUGAGCAACAAGGACAUAUUGGUAACGAGAAGGAACCCAUUGAUGAGCAACAAGUACGUAUUGGUAACGAGAAGGAACCCAUUGAUGAGCAACAAGUGCAUAUUGGUAACGAGAAGGAACCCAUUGAUGAGCAACAAGUGCAUAUUGGUAACGAGAAGGAACCCAUUGAUGAGCAACAAGUGCAUAUUGGUAACGAGAAUGAACCCAUUGAUGAGCAACAAGUGCGUAUUGGUUUGGAACAAAACAUAAAUGAGAAGGAUAAAGUAAUUUCCAUUGACGAUGAAGAUGAGCCAAUGCACACCAAUGAAAAAGGUGAAGUAAUUGUGAUCGAUGACGAUACUGAGAGUGAUCAAGGCAUAACCAGUGAACCCAUUAACAACGGUAAUACUACUGAUGAGACCACCUUUUCUCCAAGCUCUAGAAGAUCUCCAGAGGAUGCACAUUUUAGCACAACCAGUGAACCCAUUAACAACGGUAAUACUACUGAUGAGACCACCUUUUCUCCAAGCUCUAGAAGAUCUCCAGAGGAUGCACAUGUAAAAUGUACAAAAGAUGGAACCUGGUUAAUCAGUGGGAGCGAUGAUGAGUCAGAUACGGUUAAAGAUCCACCCUCGAUCAAGAAAAAUCCAAACACUUACUUGAACCUUCUUCCUUCGAGCUCCCGAACAAGACCGGAGAAUGUAUGCUGGAAAUGUGAGAAAGAAGGAACAUUAUUGAUAUGUAGCAAAAGCGAGUGUGCAACAAAAGUUCACAAGGAAUGUUUGAAUUGUCCGGUUAACUUUGAUGAAGAUGGGAACUUUCUCUGCCCUCUGUGCUGGUAUGACCGAGUCGCCAUGGAGUACCAUGAAUCUCAGAAGUUGAUUGGCGGCGCCAAGAGAAGAUUGGUGAAGUGUUUCCCGGUACUUUCAAUAAGAAGCAAGAGACUCAAGUGAUGAAAUUCCUGCUGCAACUUCACUGUAAUUUAUUCUCUUCUUUGUCUUUUGGGGUGAUCGAUGUUAGAUAUGUAAUUGUAGAAUUAAGUAUGUGCUUUUGU